AUGGAUCAUCUUGGAUUAGAGGACGAUCAACAAGAGAAGCUUCGGCAGUUUACGGACAUCACUCAAGAACACGACCGUGAAGUGGCAAUCGGCACUCUGGCCUCACUCAACUGGAAUUUGGAACAGGCAAUCGAAGCUCAUCUGAUGCAAGAAGACAUGAAUCAAGACGAUGAUCCGGAGAUAGUUGAACAGAUACCCGCAAGGUCAAUUCUUCAUCAAAAUCCCCGAGUGGCAGAAGUGGGCGGAGCUCAUUUCGGACGAAUUGUCAAUAAUCAAUUCAUUCUUGAUGACGAUGAUGAUGAUGUGAUUGUCGAUGUUGGAUCUGAAAUGCCAUCAACUCGAGGACGUCGUCGCGGACGUCCGGCAGCAUCGGCCGCAUCAGCACAAGACGAGAUGACGGUCGAUAACCAGGUGAAAAGAUUGCGGAUUGACGAUGAUCAACAACGUGAUAAUGGAAAGGCGACGAGCAGCAAUAAGAGAGGAGCCGCGAUUCCAAGACAAAAACGUGGUCAAGCCGAACCAACAACAUCUGGAUCCUCAUCUGGCGCCACUUCUACUUCAGCCACCUCUUCAUCCACCGCCACUCGUCGUCACACCCGUGCCAAUCCAGCACCACAAGAACCCGCCCAUCCGGAACCGGCUCGUCAUCAGAAUGGAAUUCUCACUUCGUCUCGUCAGAAUCAGUCACGUCGACAUGCUCCAGCUGCUCCAAUUGCUCCAGUUGUCAUUGAUUCGGAUGAGGACGACGAUUCGAUGAUUGUCUAUGAUGAUGAGGGUGAUAAUCAUCAGAAUGAGCCGAUGGACAAUAAUGAGAUCGCGCCACGUGCUGGUGUCCAAAAUGGGCGUGUCCCAAUGAUUCCGGAUGGAUAUUCGUCGGUGCCGGACGCGUUGCGCAACUUUGUCGCCAUUUUCGCCGAUCGUUUCUGUGCGACACCGGCGACACAGGCGUUCAUGCCACCAUUCUACACUGACACUCUUCCGAAUGCAUUGAAAGAGGCAUUCGAACAUCCGAAUAGUGAAUUGCGUCGUCCACUCGUCUUCUACAUUAAUCAUGAUCGUUCGAUCGCUGCGAACAUCUUCGCCUCACAAGUAAUGUGCUCGGAGGCAGUGAGCUCACUCAUUCGUCAUCAAUAUAUCCUUUUCCCAUGGGAUAUUUCGAGUGAUUCGAAUUUGAUGAACUUUUUGGAAUUCCUUCAAGCGUCUAAUAUGGGCGACGUCCGUACCAUCAUUCAACGUCUCGCGAUGCACAAAGUCGAGGCAUUCCCAAUGAUGGCGAUUGUGAUUCGCGAGAGAAAUUCGUAUCGUUUGGUGGAUUACUGUAAGGGAACCGAUACGGCUGAUCAGGUGUUGGAGAAGUUGUUGGCCGGUGUGGAUGAGUAUUCGAAUGUUCGAUUGAAUGAGGCGAGUGAACGACGAGAGCGAGAGGAACGGGAAGCCAUCCGUUCACAGCAAGAGGCGGAGUACAAAGCGUCACUUGAGGCGGAUAAGGCGAGAAUGGAGGCGAAACAGAAGGAGAUUGAUGAGCAACGAGCGGAAGAGGAGCGUCGGCAGAAGGAGCAGGACGAUGAGGUGAUGAGACGACAGAUGGUUGCGUCGACACUCCCGGAGGAGCCACCGGUCGAUUCGCCGCCUGGAGAGAUUUUGAAUGUCAAGUUUAGAUUGCCGGAGGGGGGACAGGACAUGCGCCGCUUCCGCCGCGCCGAAUCCAUCCAGACACUCAUCGAUUACUUGUCGUCGAAGGGAUUCUCACCCGACAAGUACAAAUAUUUCAAUUCGGAUUUUCCGAAGAAGGAGAUCACUCGCCACUUCCCAGACCUCUCUGCCAAUUUUAUCGAUUCAAAGUGGCCGGCGAGAGAGCAAAUUUUUGUCGAGGAGAUUUGA